UGUUCCUAGUUUGUUUAAACGAUUUUGUGACAUUCAUUCCAACAAAAACCGAUAAAAAACAUAUAAAACUCUCUUUUAUGCGUUUAUCCACAGUUUAACUAACCCUUAAACUAUUUUAACUUGCGUUUUUCAUAUUUUCUAUUUAAAUCGGUUUACGUUUAUGUGAUUGUUUUGUGGGGACAAAUAAAAUAUAAUAGUGGUGUAAACAGAAUGAGUCCAAAAUAUUGAUGACAUAACAUCAAAGUAGAAAAAUGUGCUUAUGCUCAAGCAGUUUUAACGUGGGUCCUUAGUUCAGAAGAAACUGUCAGAGUAAGACCUCUUAUUGCUCACGCACAACCUCUGUUCACUGACACGUUCGGAAGUGGCAGCCGCAGAAGAAGAGGCGAGGAGCGAUCAAAUCGCAGAAGCAAUAACUGAUACAGCCGAUCUGUCAGACCGCACUGUUACUUUGUUGUUAACGUGUUGUUGUCGUGUUCAGGGCGUAGUGAUGUCAGCACUACGUUUUCCUCCUGACUCAGACAUCAGUAAUAAUCAGUCCAUACUGUCUGACCUCAGCAGUUGUGGUGUGAUGUCAGCGCUGCAGCUUCCUGGUGAGCUGUGGCUGCAAGUGUUCAGCUUCCUGUCCUGGCGAGACAAACUGAGCGUGCGCUGCACCUGUUCACACUUCAAACACCUGUUGGAUAAGUCCCGCCCCCUCUGGCGAGGCUUUAGUGUGGUGCUGCGAAACUUCUCUCGGUACAACAGGCCUUUCUGGCACAGUCUGGCUCAGAGGCACGUGGGCAGUGUGUCAGUGCGUUCAGGUAAGAGGAAACACCUGAAGCAGCUCUCCAACUGGCUUCCUGCUCUUGAUGCACUGCAACUAGACCACUGGAUGGAAGGGAGCGUUGAUGAGCUGAAACUGUUCCACUGGCUGUGUCAACUGUCCAUCACUAACUGUUCCGUACCGUUAAAGAACGGCAACUUCCUGUUUCCUCUGAGUCAUCAGCUGACGCAGUUGAGCCUCUGUAAUGUGCAGAUCACCUGUACUGCCUCUCAACUGUUGGCGGCUGUCAGUCACCUGACUCGUCUCACCUCACUGCUGCUGCAUCACGAUGGCAGCCUGAGAGUUCCGACGCUCAGUGGCAUCUUGACUCACCUGACCAAACUGAAACACCUGUCCUGGACUAUGAUCACCUACAAGAUGCUAUCACAUGACUUCUUCAGACCUGCCCACCUCACAGGCAGUGGAGCUCUGCAGCUCUCUGACCUACAGUUGUUGAACUACGAUGCCUUGGUGACAAAGGAAGUUCUGCAGCCUUUGUCCCACCUCCAAAGCCUGUCAAUCUUCCACCUGUACUCUGUACCCGGACCCACCUGUCACCUGCAAACAUGGCUGACUUCACUCCCGCAGCUCCGCAGUCUCAGUGUGCAUGGUGGCCAUCCUCUGGCAGUGUAUGCUGACUUCCUGCCAUCCUCCCUUCUCAGUCUGACCCUCUGUGUGGAUCUACAGCCUGAAGAUCUGCAGGUUGUAUCACAUAGAGCCCCUCACCUGGAACACCUGCACCUAGAGCCCUGGGGCUCCUCCUCUAGCCUGGUCAGACACCUCCCACAUCUGUUCCCUCACCUGAAAACACUCCGAAUCAGACACCAUCAUGUGUCAGACGGUGACUUCCUGUGUCUGCAGCAGCUGCAGCAGCUUGACACUCUGGAGGUUCUGGAUCCGUACUUCAGACCAGAUCCAAGCAACCCAAACUGGAUCAUGUACGAGCCGAGUCCUCGUCUACUACAGCUGAUCUCUGACCUGCAGAAACUGACCAAUCACAGAGUGCGAGUUAUCACCAGCUCACACAGAGAACCGCUCACAUGCCAAUGUGUCUAACCAAUCAGACUGCGCGUGGGCACAACACCUGCUGUGACAUCACACCAACAGUUUGUUCUUGUAAAAGAAUUAAAUAUCAGCUGCCAUCACUGCUGCAUGAUGGGUAACGGUGCUCAAGUAUCAUCUUCAUCAAAUCAGCAGCUUUUACUGACAAAGUAAAUCCAAAUGAAGCUUUAAUGUGAUAGGCUACUUACAGUAACAUGGAGUUAUGACAGUUAAAACAAACUAUUGCUGAAUUAAUUUCUGUGUAUAAAUAAAAUUCAAAAUGGCUGACAUCUAAAGAGGUGUGGCCACACAGAUUAGUGCCAGCAAUAACCAGCAAUUUCUAACUGCAGCUCAGGGAGAUCAUGUGCAGCAUGAUUUUCCAAAAGUCUCCAUACGUACCUUUGUGUAAAAAUAGCAACUCAGUAAUAAUUUAAUAUAUUUAUAUGGCGCCAAAUCACA